UUUGUAGGUCUCCCAAUAAUACAUACUUCGGAGUUUCGGCAGUUCUCGAUAAAUAAUACAGAAAGAUACACGAAUUCCAAAAGUUCUCUGCAUAAAAUAUAUAUAAAAAUAUACACAAGAAACCGAGAACUUAUCUAGCUAUAAACAAUCGAUAAAUAACAACAACAAUCGAACGCUCGACUAGAUUGGCUGCAGCAUAGAAUGGAUGACCUCGAUGAGGAUUAUUAUGUGGACGAGUCCUUUGAGACAGACUCGCAGUCGGAUGCAGAGGAUCUGGACCAGAAAGAGGAAGAGAAAAAAGAAGAGAACGAUGACAAGGACGAGGACGAUAACAUUGACGAUGACGAGGACGAUAACAUUGACGAUGACGAUGACGAGGAUAGCGCUACACUUGAAGAUAGCGUCGAUACCGAGGAUACCGAAACCGACGACGACCCCAGGGUGGAGUUCCUGCUGGGAAACCCACAUGCCCGCCGGCAGCUGCUACGCGCCCGCCUCGGUGCCCGCAGCAGCAACCGCAAGACGCCAGGCUACCCCAGCUCCUCGUCCGAUGAAGAGAGCCAGGUGGUCAUUACCAAAACGGUGGCCGAGGUGAAUCCGUUGGCCCUGGACAUGGACGAUGAAUCGCUGGAGAAUGACGAUGACCCGGACUCGGUGCGUACCCUAAAGCCUGGCAGUGCCAGGUCCCAGAAGAACGUGGACAGCAACGCGUCAGACGAGGAAGUGGACGAUGAAGAAGAGGUGGAUAACAUGAAGUAUGGGGACGCCAUUGACAUAUCGGAAGAGGACGAAGGGGAAGACAAAUCCUUCUUGCUUCCAAGUCUGCCUGCCGAAGAUGUGGAGGAGCAAGAGGAAGAUCCGGAGAGCGAUGGCGCCUACGAGUCAGACGCAGAAGAAGAUCAAGAGUCGCCCGAGGAGAGCGAUAAUGGAGCAUCCGGAUCCGAUGUCGAAGUGGAUCAACUGGAAGAGGACGAGCCUGAAUCCACAGCGGCUCACAACGACUUCACUGUGGCCGAUGACAGUGACAACAACAGCGAUCGAAGCAUCCGGUCGGACAUAACCCUGGUGGACGGUAAACAUCCGUCGCAGCUCCAUCUGAAGGGGAAGCUCGAGGCGAUCAACGAGACCGAAGCGAGGAUUGAGACUGAUGCCAAGACAAAGCCGCUAAUCGAACCAGAGCAUCUACACAAGGACCUCACGGCGCAGCAACUUGCCGCGGCCAUGCCGCCCAUGGACCAGCUGGAGAAAUUUCUCAGCGAGAUGAGCGCCGCAGACAGUACCCUGAUGUCCGAUAAGUCGACACCCAUGAAGCUGCUGGACCGCCAGAUGACCCAGAUGUCCGCCAUGAUCAUGAAGACAUUCCGCAUGAACGGCGGAGCGGCCAACAAUCGAUCCUUCGAGGAGCUGUCUGUGGCCACGGACAGGCUGCGGGCGCGCAGCGCGAAUCUGGAAGACGCUCAAUCGACAACGGAAUCGAGUCUGGUGAGCGCUCGCAGCUGUGAGAGUAGUGAAAAGAUGUUGUGGACAAAAGGAAUGGCUCCUCAGAACUACGAGGAGAGUGUGAGCUCAGUGCGUACGCGUUCCCAUUGCCGCUGUCCCUCCACCACAGACUGCACGGAGACGGACCAAACGCCAGUCACGAUGCUGGAUGCUGCUUUCUAUGUGGACGAGUGCGGCCAGGGGGACGGACUGAUGCGGCAUCCACACCAGCGGCGACCACCCGAGUUCCAGCGUAGAUUAUGCAGCGCAACGCCCAGCAGCUACUCCACCGAAGUCUGUGCCCGUGCCAGCAAUGUCUCGCAUUCGCGCUCGUCCAACGAAAAAAUAAACUACAAAAAUCUGGGGCGUAAGAGCUACAGCUUCACCAACGAACAGAUGCGCAAUAUCGAGCGACAGAACCACAUACUGCUGCAAAAGAUGAUGACGGUUAAGCCCACGGCCCAGAUCAAGGCCAGCACCAGUGCCAUGAAGUGCAACACCAACACAACAUCCAUGCAACAGGCACUGCCGCCAUCGCGUCUUACCAGUGCGGCAGUGAAUCGAAAGAAGUUUCAGCGACAGAUUAACCUGGAGAACGAAUUGAUUAAACGCAAGCUGGAUGCUAUACACACGCGUCGUCCGAUAUUCAAAUGAAGCCGAGACACGCCACCCUGCUCCAGCCCCAAAACUGUGUUCAUGUUUAGUAAUUUAUUAUGCGAAUUUACGAAUUAAAAUUUAUUGCAAGUUGAAAAAA